AUGUGGCUCGCAACUCUAUUUAACAAGAUCGUUGCAGAAGGACGGACUCCAGACGUUUGGCAAACUUCCGUGACCGUGCCUGUCUGGAAAGGGAAAGGAGACAUUGCUGACUGCACCUCGUACAGGCCUACACGACUGCUGUGCAAUACGAUGAAGGUUUUUGAGCGUGUCCUGGAAGCUCGUCUGAGGAAAAUUGUUAGCGUUUCACUCAACCAGUGCGGUUUUGUGAAGGACUGCAGCACUAUAGAUGCUAUCCAUGCUGUCCGAAUCCUCCUGGAGAAACAUCGAGAGAAGAACCGCAGUGUGCAUCUUGCUUUUCUCGAUCUCGAGAAAGCUUUCGACCGUGUCCCACAUGAGCUGUUAUGGAUGUCCAUGAGGUCGCAUAGAGUACCAGAAGAAUAUGUGCGUUGGGCAAAGCUGCUUUAUGCGAAGCCUACCAGCGUUGUCCGAUGUGCUGCUGGAACAAGCAGGCCACUCCCUGUAGAAGAAAUCGAGAAGCAGCACCCGUGGACUCUACUCUUUGCCGACGAUGUCAUGCUCGCGUCGGAGUCUCGAGAUGAUCUUCAGAAACAAGUGCAGUCUUGGAAGGAUCAGCUGCAGCAAUAUGGAUUGCGCCUCAACACAUCAAAAACUGAGUACAUGGAGUGCAAACCAAGGGUAGAGGAUGGUUCAAUUCGUGUUGAUGGCACCGAAUUAAACAAGGUGAACUGCUUCAAGUACCUUGGAUCCAAAGUGACUUCCACAGGCGACAUUGAUCAAGAAGGUCGAGCACGUGUUAAUGCCGCAUGGAUGAAAUGGAAAAUGGCAACAGGGGUACUGUGCGACAAGAAAGUCCCUGUUCGACUGAAGUCGAAGAUCUACAGAACGGUUGUGCGUCCUGUUGCCCUUUACGGAUGCGAGUGCUGGCCGACAACGAAAGCAUUGGAAAGAGUGCUGCACGCUAUGGAGAUGCGGAUGUUGAGGUGGACGAUAGGUGUAACGCUAAAAGAGAAAGUAUCCAACGACACUGUGCGCUCCAUCUUCGGUGUCGUCCCGAUAACUGAGAAAAUGAAGGAGGCGCGACUGAGAUGGUUUGGUCACGUCUUGCGGCGGGAGGAAGAUUCUGUUGCCAAAACCGCUCUGAAGCUCGACGUUUCAGGAAACGCCACUGGGCAGGAUACUUGUCAAGCUGCUAGACUGAUGUGUAGCGUCGUAAAAAUACAUGGGCAACAAGCUUAUCUGGAUGCAGCGUCUUAUGAGGAACCACCGGAUUUUGUACGGAUCUUCCCAGAGGUGAACGGAAUAAGCAAAGAAUUUCAAGCUCUCUAUGAGAGAUGUCCACAAGUAAUGCUGACGAUAAAAUCCUGCUCUUUGAUUGCAAACUUGUGUAUUCAAAAAGAAGAGAACUUAGAUUGCGAACAUGACCUUCGUGACUGUGUUCGACAAGCUGCUGAGACCCAAAACACUGAAACUUGUUAUCUUGCUACUAACCUUGUCAUCUCUUUACUUGGACAGACUUCCAAUUUUUAUUAUGCUAACGUGUCCACUCAGAUAAUCAACUAUGGCCUUUUUCCUACCCAGAACGGAAAAGUCCAAUUCAUCAUUGUGACGCUUGGUAUUGCAAUACUUACUGUUUUUAUUUUUAGUCUGACACAAAUUGAAAGUUUUGGGCAUUUGCGAGUUGUGCUGACGAAAAGAAACGCUGACAGUGGAAAAUUUGGAGCAAGCAAAAGCACAACAAGAAAAGAAGAAACAUAG